UAAAAAUGGCUGCGUAAUAUCCUCCAAUUUUUUGACAAAAACUGACGUAAUUCGAUGGCCGUCACAUUUUCCAAAUCCAACGGUUGGUGAUUUCCCCAGAACUGCAAACCCCAUCCUAAGUCGAUGCCAGAAUUAGGAGAUAUAUAUAUACACCUUCACCUUCACCUUCAACAAUGGCUCCUAAUCUAAUCUAGAUACUCUCAUCAAUAUCAAAAAGGGCAAAAAGCAUAGCUCAAAAAGAUCCCAAGCUCUUGCUUUUCUUCUUUUUAUCCUCAACUUUUAAAACCGCAGUUCCGGAAAAAGUUGCGAGCUGCUCUUCUUCCUCUGUCACAGUCGCUGUAAGAAGGGGAUCUUGGUUCCAGUCUUCGAUAGAAUCACGAAAUAGCAACACCCCACUUUCGGUUUUGCCUCGAAUCAGCUCAAUAGUGACAAAAUGCAUACGAGGUACAUGGAGAGAACAAAUUCGAUGAAAGCGGGAGGAAAGAGGAGUUUGGAAGAUGGUGAGGGAAAUGAAGAUCAGCAGGAGCCUGACAAAAAGCGACCUGCUUUAGCUAGCGUUAUUGUCGAGGCUCUUAGGGUGGAUAGCCUCCAGAAGCUAUGCUCGUCUCUGGAACCAAUUCUCCGAAGAGUGGUUAGUGAGGAAGUUGAACGAGCUUUGGCUAAGUUGGGUCCGGCCCGAAUCAAUGGAAGGUCAUCACCUAAACAAAUUCAAGGCCCAGAUGGGAGAAAUUUGCAGCUUCACUUCAAGUCUAGGCUUUCUCUUCCGCUUUUCACUGGGGGAAAAGUAGAAGGGGAGCAGGGUGCUUCAAUUCAUAUUGUACUAAUAGAUGCUGACACAGGCCAUGUUGUAACAUCUGGACCAGAAUCUUCUGUAAAGCUGGAUAUUUUUGUGCUGGAAGGUGAUUUCAACAAUGAAGAUGAUGAAGGCUGGAGUCGGGAAGAGUUUGAAAGCCAUAUUGUCAAAGAACGUGAAGGAAAGAGACCUCUUUUGACUGGGGAGUUGCAAGUCACUCUCAAGGAAGGUGUAGGAACGCUAGGUGAUCUCACAUUUACUGACAAUUCCAGCUGGAUAAGGAGCAGGAAGUUCAGACUUGGUCUGAAAGUUGCAUCAGGAUAUGGUCAGGGCCUACGCAUCCGGGAAGCAAAAACAGAAGCUUUUACUGUCAAAGAUCAUCGCGGGGAAUUGUACAAGAAGCAUUACCCACCUGCUUUGAAUGAUGAAGUAUGGAGAUUGGAGAAAAUUGGGAAGGAUGGAUCAUUCCACAAAAGGCUUACUAAAGCCAACAUAUAUACUGUGGAAGACUUCCUGCGGCUUGUAGUCAGAGACUCACAGAAGUUACGGACAAUUCUUGGUAGCGGUAUGUCAAAUAAAAUGUGGGAUGCCCUCAUAGAGCAUGCCAAGACUUGCGUCCUGGGUGGGAAGCUUUAUGUAUAUUACCCCGAUGAUACAAGAAAUGUAGGUGUUGUUUUCAACAAUAUCUAUGAGCUGAGUGGCCUCAUUGCCAAUGAGCAAUAUUAUCCAGCAGAUUCACUUUCUGACAGCCAGAAGGUUUAUGUUGAUACUUGGUUGAAAAAAGCAUAUGACAACUGGAGUCAAGUUGUGGAGUAUGAUGGAAAAUCUCUGUUAAAUUUCAUGGAAACUAAGAAGCCAAGCACAUCAAAAAGUGAUUUACCUCUGGGCCCAGUUGACUAUUCUCUUUCUUUAGAUAAUCAACUUCCCCCACAGAGAUUGCCGGCAUCUGCUCCCUCUGUUCCCUCUGAAUCUGCAUCGAUAGAUCAGAGUGUGAUGGUUGGAGGUUAUAAUGACAAUAUAACCACGAGAUAUUCCCCGCAGACGCAGUUUGCAAGUUCCCGUACCCAGUUCGAACUGCCCUCUUAUACCCCGCAGCUGCCGCAGGUCAAUCAUUCCCAAACCCAAAAUGCCACAUAUGAUAAUAGGGUUAACCUUGCUCUUGGUCCUUUCGAGGACUGGUCGAGUUCUCGGAGUAAGGGUGUUGAUGACUUCUUGUCAGAGGAUGAAAUCCGUAUGAGAAGUCAUGAAAUGCUGGAAAAUGACGAUAUGCAACACUUGCUUCGGCUGUUCAGCAUGGGAGGAGCCUCUGUUAGUGCUCCUGAAGAUGGGUUUAGCUUCCCUUCUUACAUGCCGUCACCUUCUCCUGGCUUCAGCUAUGGAGAGGAUCGAGCCCGUUCUGGGAAGGCCGUUGCUGGCUGGCUGAAGAUCAAGGCUGCAAUGAGGUGGGGCAUCUUUAUCAGGAAGAAAGCAGCAGAGAGGAGGGCACGCAUUGUGGAGCUGGAAGAUGAAUGACUUUUCUUCAGAAGAUUGAGUUAACAUUGUUAACUGGCCGACUUUUGACAACUGCUACUCUUCGUUAAUGCCAUUAGGAUUCAUGGAAUUUCACGACUGUAUCAGAGUAUAUAAAUCCUCAGAACUUUGAAGACCUUUGUUGUCUUUCUGAAACCAAUGAUUUCAUGUACAGUCAACUGUACAGUAAGUUUGCUUAUAAACAUUUUCAAUUUGAUUGUUGCUUACACACUCUGUGUAUGUAUGUUGAACAUGUAUAACGAAUUGCUUUUCAUUCGUUUAGAAUCAACUUAGGGAAAGAACAUUUCAUGAAAUUUAUGUACUCUGAAUUGAUAUAUAGCUUGUUGUGCUAUUUUGUACGGUUUCCUUUUUUUCAUAUAAUAACAUCUUCUGAGCUUUUGCUA